CUCGUCACUGUCAGGAAUACGUAGCACACUCUCUCGAUAUUAAACUAAUUUUCAGUGAUCAUUUAGAGUAUAUCCGGCUCAACCUUUAUCUCUCUAACAAAAUGGCUUCCUCUUCAGCCCUCGCCCAGUCGCUUCAAAGAAAGCAUCCCCUACAGCGUAUCUCCAGCCCGUCCAGAGGUUUCUCGGCGGUGGUUCAUCUCUUGGGGCUCACUAGCUUCUUAUGGUCGUUCAAGUAUAUGCACGACAAUCCCAACCAUGCGAACGAAGCGUACGGAUGGCAUUUCCAAUACCUCACGGUUCUAGGCCUCUCACUGUCAUUAAUCACCGUUGCUUGCGGUCUGCUUGCUGAUGUGACACUGUCCCCGCGCAUUUUUCUUGUCAAAAACCUUCUCUCCAUGUGCUGUACGCCAUUGGAGGUACUAAUCAGCAUUCUAUAUUGGGGUCUCCGAUUGAUCGACGAGCGUCUGGUCAUCCCUGAGUGGGCUAUCAUUCCCCUGAAUGCCGAUAUAAGCUUCCAUGCCAUCCCUGCAAUUGUCCUUAUGAUAGAUUUACUGUUUCUGUCGCCACCUUGGACGAUCACCAUUCUUCCCGCCCUAGGUCUAUCCAGCACAAUUGCGGUGUUAUACUGGUUUUGGGUGGAACGUUGCUUCAAAUAUAAUGGAUGGUACCCUUACCCGAUCUUUGAAGUGGCCGGCUUUGGAGGUCGCAUUGGAGUUUUCACCAUCAGUGCGGUUGUCAUGGCGCUUAGCACUGCCACCCUCAAGUGGCUCUACGGCCGUGUGAACGGUUUUGGAACGAACAAGCCCGUUUCCCGACCGGGAGCCCUCAAGCAGAAUGGCCGCUUCUAGGUAUGUGUGCGCACUAGCUUGUUCAAACUGUACCGGUUGGCUAUGCAGCCAGGAGCCAUGCCGUACACGAACGCGUCAAUGCGAACUAGAACGCCUUUGUCGUCAUGGCGCUGGUGAAGCCUUCUAGUGCACACGGAUUGUGAUUUGAUCUGCAAGGCGCCAUUUGCAUAGAUAUCACUAUAGAGGUCUGAUUCUUUCUGUAUUUAUGAGCCUGAUCUUGUUUUUCUGCGAGUAUUCCAUAUAUCAAUAGCUCCAUUGCUCAGCCAGCUCCGGAUUUCCGCGAUACAUAGUCGGGGUCGAAUGAAGUCUUGACGGACU